AUGGCCGGGGUCCGCCUGAAACCCGCGCGUCUCGAUACUCAUAACAACAAACGAUAUGACACACUUCGGAUGACGAGGACGCGGUCGGGGGCGACGGUCCACGCGGCGCACGAGGUUCAUAUGUUGGGGUCAAGGGAGGCACUCGAUGCGCUGCUGGAGAGUAGCAAGGGCAAAAAGGUGGUGCUGAACGUCAGCUCGAGCAAGUGCGGCCCCUGCAAGCUGCUCAUGCCCACGCUCCAGAAGUACGCGGACGAGCACGGGGACAAAUGCACGUUCGCCAAGUUCAAUUUUGAUGAGGACAAGUCGCUGCAGGAUGCGGUGAAGGAGUGGAAGAUUCAGGGCGUGCCAACGUACAGGCUCUACAACGAGAAAGGGGAGUGCACGAAGAUGUUCACGACGGGGUUGCCGGACAAGCUCGGCAGCGCGCUCUACCUGUUCCUCACGUGA